AUCCAAUCAACAACAACAAAGAAAAAUAAGGUAUAGGCCGAUGGGCUGAUAGGUUAGAAAGUAGGGUCUUUUCUGGUGUUUACUUUUGGCACUUUUCGAGGAUAGUGAAAUUUUGAUAUCUUUAGAGGAGGCGCCUUAAAACGCUCAAGAUGAGCAACGCAGCGAUGACCGCCUCGAUUCAGAGUACGGCUGGUGCUAUUCCAGUAAAAAAUGAUAAAGGUGAACUUUCUAUGCAGAAAGUUAAAGUUCAUCGGUAUGUUUCUGGUAAACGUCCGGAUUAUGCUCCCAUGUCAAGUAGUGAAGAGGAAUCAGAAGAGGAGGAUUUUGUCGAGCAGCAAGGAGCUCCAGUAUCCAGACCGACACGCCCUCCGCCUCGUCACACUGAAUCUCCUACAGAAUUGUAUGAUGAGCAAGUAGUAGCUGAUGAUCCUCGAUUACGUAGGUUGAUGACUCGACAUGCUCCUCAAAAUGAACAGGAUGAAGACCGAAGAGAGAGACAUAGGCACAUCCAUGAGCCUGAGGUCAUUGAAACUUCAGAGGAGGAGGCAGAGGAAAUCGUUGAGGAACCUGAGGGGAGAAGACAAGAACGAAGAGCAGAGGCUGACAGUAGUCAAUCUGAAGAUGAAGAAGAGCUCAGUGAUGAAGAAAUUGAAAGAAGGCGACUUCUUCUUCGACAGAAAUUACUUGCAAGGAAAGAGGAACAGGAACCAGAGGUGAUGGUCAAAGAAGAAGAUCAACAGAGUAUGGGAGAAAGUGGAGAAGAGUCCUCAGAAUAUGAAGAAGAAACAGAUUCAGAAGAAGAAAUGGGUCCUAGAUUAAAACCUGUGUUUGUCAGGAAAAAAGAUCGAAUUACCAUUAUGGAAAAAGAGAAGGAGGAAAUGAAAGAAAAGCAAGCCGAAUUGGAAGCAAAGAAAAUGGCAGAAGAGAGAAAACGAAAUUCUUUGCGGUUGGUAGAAGAUAUUGUAAGAAAAGAAUCAACUGUUGUCAAAGAUGGGGAUGAACCAAAACUUGCUGAUGUCAACACUGAUGAUGAAAAUGAUGAAGUGGAAUAUGAAGCAUGGAAGUUACGUGAGCUUAAGAGAGUAAAAAGAGACAGAGAGGAAAGAGAAGCAAUGUUACGAGAGAGAGCUGAACUGGAACGCAUACGAAAUAUGACCGAAGAAGAGAGAAGAUUAGAGUUCCGUAAUAAUCCUAAGGUUAUUACAAAUCGUUCUGCGAAAGGAAAAUACAAGUUUCUUCAGAAAUACUAUCAUCGUGGAGCAUUUUACUUGGACAAUGAACAAGAUAUAUUUAAAAGAGACUUCUCCGCCGCCACUUUGGAGGAUCAUUUUGAUAAAACUAUUCUUCCCAAAGUUAUGCAGGUCAAAAACUUUGGACGCAGUGGAAGAACAAAAUACACACAUUUGGUUGAUCAGGACACAACUCAAUUUGAGUCUCCAUGGGUAUCGGAAACAGCUCAAAAUAGCAAGUUCUAUUCUAACCAAGCCGCUGGUAUGAAACAAAAUUUUGAGAAACCCUCUCAAAAGAAGAACAGACUGCCACAAAAUAACUAGUUUUACUUCAGUUGAAAAUAGGAUACCUCACUCUUCAUUUGUAGUGAAGUUUGUGUAUUAAUUGUAUAGACUACACUCCAAUUGCAUGUGUAAGUAAUUUUCCCGUUGUGUGUUUUGUUACGUGCGUGUGUAUAGACUAUGUUUGACAAGUCAGAAAUUAAAAUUGUACAUAUGGAAUUAAAAUGGUAGAUUAUGAAA